AUGUGCGCCCUGAACAAUGACAUGAGGAAGGAGAGCCCCAUAUCCUCCAAACAAACAGUAGACGCAGCCUCUGGACCGAACACGUGGAACGUCUGCGCCUCAGAUGUGUCCUUGUCCACCCCACCCCAUCAUGUGCAUCCCCCUCAGACAGCGGAGAAGGUUCUUAACUGUCUUCAGCCGCGGCGGCCUCAGAAUAUUGGCGAGUAUCUGGUGAUACAGCAGAAUAUUGGCGAGUAUCUGGUGAUACAGCAGAAUAUUGGCGAGUAUCUGGUGAUACAGCAGAAUAUUGGCGAGUAUCUGGUGAUACAGCAGAAUAUUGGCGAGUAUCUGGUGAUACAGCAGAAUAUUGGCGAGUAUCUGGUGAUACAGCAGAAUAUUGGCGAGUAUCUGGUGAUACAGCAGAAUAUUGGCGAGUAUCUGGUGAUACAGCAGAAUAUUGGCGAGUAUCUGGUGAUACAGCAGAAUAUUGGCGAGUAUCUGGUGAUACAGCAGAAUAUUGGCGAGUAUCUGGUGAUACAGCAGAAUAUUGGCGAGUAUCUGGUGAUACAGCAGAAUAUUGGCGAGUAUCUGGUGAUACAGCAGAAUAUUGGGGAGUAUCUGGUGAUACAGCAGAAUAUUGGGGAGUAUCUGGUGAUACAGCAGAAUAUUGGGGAGUAUCUGGUGAUACAGCAGAAUAUUGGGGAGUAUCUGGUGAUACAGCAGAAUAUUGGGGAGUAUCUGGUGAUACAGCAGAAUAUUGGGGAGUAUCUGGUGAUACAGCAGAAUAUUGGGGAGUAUCUGGUGAUACAGCAGAAUAUUGGCGAGUAUCUGGUGAUACAGCAGAAUAUUGGCGAGUAUCUGGUGAUACAGCAGAAUAUUGGCGAGUAUCUGGUGAUACAGCAGAAUAUUGGCGAGUAUCUGGUGAUACAGCAGAAUAUUGGCGAGUAUCUGGUGAUACAGCAGAAUAUUGGCGAGUAUCUGGUGAUACAGCAGAAUAUUGGCGAGUAUCUGGUGAUACAGCAGAAUAUUGGCGAGUAUCUGGUGAUACAGCAGAAUAUUGGCGAGUAUCUGGUGAUACAGCAGAAUAUUGGCGAGUAUCUGGUGAUACAGCAGAAUAUUGGCGAGUAUCUGGUGAUACAGCAGAAUAUUGGCGAGUAUCUGGUGAUACAGCAGAAUAUUGGCGAGUAUCUGGUGAUACAGCAGAAUAUUGGCGAGUAUCUGGUGAUACAGCAGAAUAUUGGCGAGUAUCUGGUGAUACAGCAGAAUAUUGGCGAGUAUCUGGUGAUACAGCAGAAUAUUGGCGAGUAUCUGGUGAUACAGCAGAAUAUUGGCCAGUAUCUGGUGAUACAGCAGAAUAUUGGCCAGUAUCUGGCGAUACAGCAGAAUAUUGGCCAGUAUCUGGCGAUACAGCAGAAUAUUGGCGAGUAUCUGGCGAUACAGCAGAAUAUUGGCGAGUAUCUGGCGAUACAGCAGAAUAUUGGCGAGUAUCUGGCGAUACAGCAGAAUAUUGGCGAGUAUCUGGCGAUACAGCAGAAUAUUGGCGAGUAUCUGGCGAUACAGCAGAAUAUUGGCGAGUAUCUGGCGAUACAGCAGAAUAUUGGCGAGUAUCUGGCGAUACAGCAGAAUAUUGGCGAGUAUCUGGCGAUACAGCAGAAUAUUGGCGAGUAUCUGGCGAUACAGCAGAAUAUUGGCGAGUAUCUGGCGAUACAGCAGAAUAUUGGCGAGUAUCUGGCGAUACAGCAGAAUAUUGGCGAGUAUCUGGCGAUACAGCAGAAUAUUGGCGAGUAUCUGGCGAUACAGCAGAAUAUUGGCGAGUAUCUGGCGAUACAGCAGAAUAUUGGCGAGUAUCUGGCGAUACAGCAGAAUAUUGGCGAGUAUCUGGCGAUACAGCAGAAUAUUGGCGAGUAUCUGGCGAUACAGCAGAAUAUUGGCGAGUACCGGGCGUUAUAG